AUGGCACCACCCUCCCCUCGACGUUCUUCACGAGCCCGAGGCAACACAGUCUCUCAAUCACAGCAAUCCUCGACCACAUCGAGUCUUUCGAGUCGCGGCGAGCGAACGACCAGAUCCCUCAACAAGACCUCUUCCGCCAAGUCCACCCCGAGCGCCUCGCUCUCCUCGGAGCCACCCGAAGACCUUGAGGACGCUCUCCCCUCGCGGCGCCGAACCCGCGCCCAAGAAGACGCUCGCGACAAGCCUCGUGUCGACCCCUACGAUAUGGCCACUGGCAGUGACGACGUCCAAGAGGACGACGAGUCCGUACGUUGUGUCUGUGGUUUCGACGAAUACCCGGGACCUCCACCCUUUGAGGAGGACUCCAAGCACGGGAAGCACAAUCCAGAGGCGGACUUCUUCGCUAGCAUCGAGCUGUCCGAUGAGGUCUCUGGUCUCUUCGUCCAGUGCGACGUCUGCAAAGUCUGGCAACAUGGUGCCUGCGUCGGCAUUUUUACCGAGGAGAGCUCUCCCGAUGAGUACUUUUGCGAGAAUUGUCGCAAAGAUUUACACAAAAUUCACGCAGCAGCCAACGGACAACGAUACUCGAACUAUUUGCCUCUCAAUCGACCAUCGCGCGCAACGUCCCGAGCCGCAUCCUUGGUCAAGGAUGGCACCAGGUCGCCCAAGGAAGGGGGCAGGAAUGGGGGCCGCGCUUCAUCUGCCACCCAGGCCUCAAAGCGGAGGUCGACAAUGAACAGCCGGGAUGCCGCAUACGACGAGGAUGAACAAUUGCGACGGGCCAUCGAGGCCAGUAAAGAAGAGACCGUUUCGGAACCUACGGAGACUACCUCAAGACGAACGAAGCGAGGUCGCAGCGACAGCAUUGAUUGUAGGAACUCGGCAAGCCUCAAGAGGCAGCGUACGAGCUCGCCAUCGAUGUCGCCGCCUCCGGAGAAGACCGAAGCCAUUGAAGAUGACACAGACGAGGAAAACAACGGUCGGAAUGGCCAACCCAAGAAGCCCCGCGGUACACGUACACAACGUGAAAAGUCGGACCGUGAAGAGCGCGACCGCCAGCGGGCGGAAGCAGCCAAUCGGCGGAAGGGUCGUGCAGAUCGCAGGAGAGCUGAGGGUACGACUCCUGUAAAUCCGGGUAAGGAAUCUGAAGCUCACGUGGGCGCAGAAUCGGAUCCGCCAGAAGAGGUCUCCCUUGCGACAGCUCGGCCUGCUGUCAAACCGACCACCGAGCCUGUGGUGCCUGUUGAGGCGCCCCCGUCCUCUGCCCCGACCCCAGAUACCCCGCCUGCGAAUCAGGUACCGGUCGGAAGCUCACACAAGAAGACAAGUCGUAACAACCAGAAGAGAGGCAAGGGUCGAAACCAAUACACGAAAGACCGCGACGACAACGAAGACACACCGGCAAGGUCAAUGUCUAGAGACAUCGGCCGGAAUCACGACGACCAUGCUGGCGCUGGUACCAGCAGGCAUUCCCACUCCGAUCAUCCCAAGCACACCCGGACAAAGGCAAACAGUGCCCACAGCAAAGUAUCAAUGAACGACAUGAAACGCAGGGUUUCGGCGUUCCUCGACUUCAUUUCCAAAACACAAGUGGAAUUGGCUGGCGAAGCACUACCGGGAUCUAGGAGCAGCCAAAACAGCUCCCAACAACAAAGUCCUCGCGCAACGGCUGCGCCAGAUGCGCCAAAGAUUAGCGUCAACGGCGACUCCGCAAUAGCAAAGAACUCGCCUAUCGGCACUGCGGCAACAGACGGGAAUGGGCCCGAGUCGAAAGAUUUUAAAGCAUUGAAUUGUGUGGAGAUGAUGGAUGCCCUCACGCGAGAUCUGCUGCGAUGGCAGAAUCAAUAUGCGUCGUGA